CACCACCACCACUACUACUACCACCAUACCGUCACCACCACCACCAUCACCAUCAUCAUCGCUGGACGGGUUCUCUCGCGUGUUGUCGCGUCCUAACCUCAAAAAAAAACGACGACCCCCGACGUUAUGCAGCUGGUGGAGCAACAGCGACUAUCGCGCGCGGGUGCAUCCUGAUGCGCGUGCACGACGCUUCCGCGACGUUCCCGUGCCCCCCUCCUGUGCGACGAGCGCGCGACACGGCGCGCUGAUGACUCCGCGCGUGAAUUCUCCAAGGGGACGAAGAUCGGACAACGAUAUCGACAGCCGGCGAUAAGAUACUCGGGAGGCUUCCGGCGCGUGUCGCGCGUCUUCUCCUCCCUCCGCGUUUCCUCGCUCUUUUCUCUCCCGCGUGCACAUCACUCCGUUUCGCGCUCAGCUCCUUUCUUCCCGCGCGCAUCCUCGCGGAAUCGUAACAAGUGCGUGGUAUGUUCGACCUGACAGGGACGCGACUCCGUACCGCUUACGAUCGUUUCCGAGCCCCCGCGAACCCCGCGAAACGGAUCCCCAUCACGUGACGACGCGACGCGACGCGACGCGACCUCCCCGCGAUUCCCUUAGCGACGAUGACAACGGCGCGGGACCAUUCGCCGCAAAACGCCGACGUCGUUAGGGUUUGACAUCGGAGCGCGUUCUCCGUGACGCGCGAUCUAUCGCGCCGCGCGCGCGCGCGCGCGCGCACGAACCUCGCUCGCUUUCGCGGAUCCGCGCGAGCCACGCACGCACGUGUCGCGUUCCCGGUCGUGCCGAUUAUCUCGCUCGCGUGAGUAUGCAGUCCAACACGAUGCUCCGCUCGGACGUCGGCAGCACGGAGAAGCUGAUGGGCAACAACAAUAAUCUCAACAACAACGGCUCGCCGGGGGCGGACAUAAUGUUCCAGAUAGAGGACGAGGGUCUCACGCAGUUGGGCAGCGUCUUUCAAUCGGCCUACCAGUCGAUCGUGGGCGGUGGUCCUCAGGUAAGUCCAGUAUUGUCGAGAAACGCUACGAGAACACUUCCGUGCGAGAAUCGUGAUCGCCGACCGCACUCACACAUAUCUCUCGUUUCAAACCGUUUGCCGCUUGGCGUUCCGGAAUUUUCCGACCGUGUCUCUUACGCAAGUCUUGCCGAAGGUCCGGAUUGGGAUAUCGCGGUGAUUACCGCAAUUGGCCCUGGUUUACAAUUGACCUCAGACUCCUCCGUAAUGCUCGCCUUGACUUAA